AUGAUCUGUGCUCAGGGUCCGAUCGACGAAUCAAUUGCCAACUUCUGGACGAUGGUUGUGGAGCAGAAUUGCGGGGUCAUCGUCCAGCUCUGUCAAAAUCAAGAGGAAGGCCGUGAGAAGUGUGCAGACUACAUCCCUGCCGAGCCAACGCUCUAUGGGAACGCGACCGUAUCUGUCAAGGAGUCAACCCAUGCUACCGUGGCCAACCCAAGCGUUCACAGGACAGUUAUCGAUGCGUCACUUCCGAGCGGUCGGAGCGUUGAGGUCGUGCACUUUCUCUACGAUGGAUGGCCGGAUCGCGAUGUACCACUAUCACCAGCAGCGUUUCGUCAGCUUCGCGGGACGGUCCAAAAGUUGGCAGUAACACGAAAAUGCUCUGUGCUCAUCCACUGCAGUGCUGGAAUUGGUCGUACGGGGACAUAUGCCGCGAUCGAGAUGGCCUACAGGGACCUGAUUGCCAACGACCGAGAAGUGCAAAUGUCUACAAUAUUCCAGCGACUGCGCGACCAGAGGGCCCAUGCAAUCCAGACUGAUUUGCAGGUGCCUUUUAAAUCUGAAAAGCUCCCUUGCUCUACCAAAAAUCUUUUAUUUUUUCAGUACCUUUUUCUCCACCGUGCGCUCAUUGACAUUGCUUUGGAAAAAGGCCGACUGAACCGGGUAGACAAAGCGGGAGGCGUCGACGCGUUCAUCAAAGAAUACGAGGAACUGAUCAAGAGGAAAAGAGAGGAGCGCAAAGAACUGGAACGGAAGCACAAGAGAAGACGUGGAUGA